ACAAAAGCCAUCCGCAGCUGCGCUCCGGAGAGGGGACAUGGCAGCAGCCGAAGGGGGGCCCAAUUAAUGGGAUUUCGGGCGCGUGCUGCUGCUGCAGACUGCAUCGACUUGUGUGUACACUCGUGUUCGUGCAUAUACACGCCCACGUAGAAAGUGAGUGAGAGAGAGAGAGAGUAUAGUAGUGGGCACGCGACGGGCGCACGCGCGCACGCAGACAGAGAGCGGUUCAAUACUCGCGGCGCCUGCGCCGCAGAUGUGCUCUAGAAACAGGAGAGAGAGAGAGAGAGAGAGAGGGAAGGCGCACGAGCCUCCCCCAGAGCCUGCCGCCGGCUCGAUGCGAGCCGCCGCGGCAUAACUCUUCCGAAGGGGCUGCGUCGCGCAAUGACGGCCGACGCGGAAGUGGCAUCGACGAUGAUCGUCAACGACUCGGCCGAGUGUUCCCUGUGCACUCUGGGGCCGCCGCCGGACAUGAUCCUGCGACUGCCGCCGCCACCCAUCCCGACCUUCCUCGUGCACUCGUCGGACUACUACCCGGGCGUCGGCGCCAGCGACGGACUGCCCUUCUUCGAACACUUCAACAACAGCCCGUGCAAGCACUCGUGCGAGUGGCGCGCCGAGGGGGUCCAGUACGUCGAGAUGCCGCAGCAAGGAACGGUCUUCGACGAUACGUGGCUGCUCGUCCUCAUAUCCUCCUGCAUCGGCGUCAUCUUCAUCGGGAUCGUCCUCGCCGCGCUGCUCAUCAAGUGUAAAUUGCAGGCCGAUGUAAACCAAUCUAACGACGAUGCGUCUCAAUGCAGCAACCGAAGCAACAAGAACAGCACACUCUCGACCUCGACCGCGUCCUCGGGCAUGCAGACGACCACGACGAGCGGCGUCGGACCCUGCGUCAACACCAAGUCCCUCGUGCGCCUCCAGAACGAGGCCGUGCUCUAUCCCUGCGGCCAGCAGGACUCGCUUCAGGACUCGAGGGUCAUGUGGGCCAAGCUCACGCCCCGAGGCACCACCAGGCACUACCUCGAGGAGCACACCUACGAGACCAUCGGCAACGUCUGCAACGGGCAGCUGCCCCUUCCGCCGCCGCCGCCGCAACCACCGGCCUACGUGUCCACGGCGGGAAUGACUCUCGCGGCGGCUCAUCACAAGCGUUCCUACUCCGAGAGCCCGACCGAACAUGUAAACCUCAAGGCAAUUCCAACAAUUUAUUUGUCAUACUUCUCGGAUACUUACACCGAACCUCCAGCACCUUCGCCCAUAAUGUCGCGUCCGAAGGAUGAAAAAGCUUUCGACAACACUGCCUUCGUCGACUACGAGGAGCCGCUGUCAAUGAGAAACGAAUACUACCAACUCGAGGACGUACUGGAGCCUUGCGAUCCGAUCUUCUCCGUUCAAGGACUCUACGGCAUGCCGAUCCGCGGUGGCGGCGUCGGUAACGGAGGCAACUGCGUCAGCGUGGGUGGCACACUUCGGCCUCGGGUAAGCUCUCCGACCCGAAUCGAGCAUCCUAAUUUGCCGCCGCUGAAUCUCCAGCCGCUGCGCAAACACCCGUCGCGCAAGAACUCGCUGAACCAGCACGCAGCUGACUGCACACUGCUGCGCGGCAGCAUGACCUCGAGUGCGUACAUACCGACCAUUUAGGCGCCGCCCAGGUCCGCCUGGGCUGCAAGGCCUGGGCAGGACGAGCGCAGAACGCGCACCGGACCUCGCAAACGCGAGCGUACUCAGCUACUCUAUUGACAGACGAUCGAACCCCUUUAAGAUCAGUAGUGCGAAAGUAACGCACGUGAGAAGAAAUAGCUGUAGUCGGUUGUCUAAGAGGUUCUUGGGUGAUCUUCGAUUUUCGCUGUGGAGGCUCGUUAUGGUUUUUUUUUUUUAUUUGCGACGAGCGAAUGUGGAGCUAGUCAUGAUCGCAAAGGUAGAAUUUUUACGAGGAUAUAGUUUUGGUUUUUGAUAUUGAAAUGAUGCGCUGCUUAUCAGGGCGAUAUCUCUUCUCAAAAUUGUCGUUCGCUUCUAUAUGCAUAGUUUUUCGUUUGGUUGAGUAUUUUUUUCACCAAAAGAAGAGAUAAACUGAAUAUUUUCUUUGUUGCGGUGAAUAGUUACCUGUAGGUAUAUUGACUACGACUGAAAUUCGGAGUAUUCGAAUGGAUCACUUGGUCGUGAUAUAUUUUUAUGCGAAUAUGUUGCUGGCUAAUGUUACAUCCAAGACUAUACGUGAAGAGGCUAAUGUCACAACUGAUUAUCGCAACAAAGUUAAUCGUAUAUACUUUUGAACAGAUUACAGUGUAUAAGAAAAAAUCAACGACGUUCCUCACACAAUAAUACUACUAUUUCGCAAAUUGUUUAUAUGUCUUAAAAUACAAGUGUACGAUAUACAAUGUAUUCAUUUUUAUAGUUUUUUAUAUUGUUGUAGUUGAUAGUAUUUGGUAUAUUUCGUUGAUGCGAAAUGGAUUUCGAUGUGUAUAUUAUAAUAUUGGUAUAAGUAUUCAACGCGGAAGGGUUCCCUUUGAAAAACGGUGACAACCCUUCAAUAGUCGAUUUUGUGAAGUUUUCUCAAAUGUGUAAAAAUUUCACGAUGAACGAAUCUUCGCGGAGCGUAUAAUAAUGCUAACGAUAUAAGACGGCCGUAAACUUUUAUCUGAUUAUUAAAAUUUCGUUCAAUUUCAAGCCUGCCAAGGUUACGAGUGUACGAUUUCUUUACAAUUCUUCGAUUGAGUAACCUUUGACUGAUUUCACAUUAGAAUUUCGAAAGUAGUACUCGUCUAUAGAGAAAAAUCGCAUUUCCUACUUUUUACAGUCAAACUUUUCAGACUCUAAACAUUAUUACUAAUUCUAUUGCAAUAAGUUAGUCGCCAUACGCCGCCAUUUGAUCAUCCGACACCAAAUGUAAUACAUUUUAUUUAUUCGCGUGAAUAUAUUGGUAAAAAAAAAAAAAUACUAGUCACUUAAUUUAUGCCAAAGUUUAAUUGAUUAUUUAGUUUAAUGAAAUGAUGUUAUACGAAUUAUUGGAAGGUUUUUAUUGCUAAGCACAUGUUAAUUUAUUGAACCGAGAAUGAAUCUUUUUACUGGUACGAUAUCUUGUUUGCGAUGCUUUCACCGACUGUCUUCUGAUGAAAAUUACAGAGACUGCUAAAUACGAGCUUUAAGUAUUAAAUACAUGUAACAAAAAUCGUCACAUUAUCAAAUAAAGUGAAGUAGAUGAAUCUAACGCUAGGCAUUAUCUGCUCGUUAUUCGCAAACACUGGUAGACUUAACAAUCACGAUGUACUCGAUAAUUAAUGUACGUAAAUAAAAAAGUACAUUUUAUCUUUGA